AUGGGCCUCAUUCAACGGGUUACGAAAUGGUUGCCCUCCUCGCCGAGUCUGCCCCUAGAUGACUCUUCGCGCGAGAAAGGCCGUAAUCUCUCCAGAUUCGCUUUUUUCAAACGGAGGAUACGGUUAAAGGGCAACUCCUCGAUCUCAAUACCCCUGGGAUUUGUUUUACUAUUUCCAUGUCUUGUAAUAGUCCUUAUCCUACUACUUUUUGUUCGACAUCCUUCUUCCCCCGGGGGUAUUUUGAUUCCUGCUGGCACCCCGCCGUCCAUUAGAAAAAUAAGCGAAAAGUACGAUAGGGUCUUCGCUACUGGCUGCCUUCCGGUCGAGAAAACCGACACGCCGCGCGCAAAUGCCGCCUUCGUCGUACUCGCCAGAAACAAGGAAAUUGACGGAGUGGUUCAGUCGCUCAAGUCAAUUGAAAGACACUUCAACCGCUGGUUCCACUAUCCUUAUGUCUUCUUAAACGACGGUGAUUUCGAUGAUGCCUUCAAGGAGACGGUGAAGAAUUACACAAGCGCUCCUGUGGAGUUUGGCAAGAUCGAUGAUUCUAUGUGGGGUUAUCCCGACUGGGUUGACCAUGAAGUUGCCAAGGAAGGUGUCCGCAAGCAGGGAGAUGCUGCCAUCAUGUACGGAGGAAUGGAGAGUUAUCACCAUAUGUGCAGAUUCUACUCCGGCCAUUUCUAUAAGCACCCUCUGCUCAUGAAGUACGAAUGGUACUGGCGUCUUGAGCCCGAGAUCAAGUACUUCUGUGACAUCACCUACGACCCAUUCAUCAAGAUGGCUGAAGCGAACAAGACAUACGGCUUCACAAUCGCUGUCAAGGAGCUUCGAGAGACAGUCCCCAACAUCUUCCGCUACGCCUCUGCCUACAAGCGGAAACACAACCUGGCCUCCAAGGGGUUGUGGGAAAUGUUCCUCGAGAAACCUGAAGAGGAGGAGCCUAAGCCGGAGGAAGAGAAGCAGGAGAAACUUCCUGAGGAGAUUCUUCAGAACGAACCUGGCGAAAAUACUGUCCCCGACGUUGAUCCGGAAGCCAUGGAGGGCGAGAAGUACAACAUGUGCCAUUUCUGGAGUAACUUCGAGAUCGCGCGGUUGGACUUUUUCCGCAGCAAGGAAUACGAGGAGUUCUUCGACAUGAUGGAUAAAAGUGGAGGUUUCUGGAUGGAGAGAUGGGGUGACGCACCUAUCCAUUCGUUGGCGGCCGGUGUUCUCUUGUCUCCCGGUGACAUCCACUAUUUCCGUGACUUCGGCUACCGGCACACCACUAUCCAACAUUGUCCUGCCAACGCCCCCGCACGGCAAUUGCCCCGAAUUCCCUGGUUGGAGAUGACGACCGAGGACGAAAAGGAGCGGAUCGAGGAAGAUGAGUACUGGGCGAACCCUGAUCCCGUCAAGGAGAACGGUGUCGGCUGCAGAUGCAGGUGCGACACCGAUAUUGUGGAUGUUGAGGGCAAGCAGGGCAGCUGUCUCGCCGAAUGGGUCGAAGUUGCUGGAGGAUGGGCAUCUCCAUAG